AUGUGUGAUCGUAUUGUGCCCUGUUUUAACAAUCCGCAGCCCAUAAAAAAUCGCAAUUUAACAUUAUUACUGUUGGACUGUUGGCAGCGUGAGUACGAUCAAAUGCCAUAUCGUAAUUUUGUUUUCGAAAAUCUUUGGUUUGAAGAACGUAUGAGACGGUCAUUUAAUCUCGUACGCGAUUUUACCAUUAUCGUUAAAUUUAUCAAAUUACGACCUCAACUGCAGAAUGUUAAACUGGUGGGUCUGCAGGUGGCUGACAGCGAAUUGGUUCAGAAAUUUGUUGCGAGUUUAAAGAAUUUACGUUGCAUCGAAUUGAAGCUAAUGAACUUGCCAAGGGACUUUUUUGAGAUUUUGGCUGAAAAUGUUGGGGAAUUGGGUGUAGAAGACUUGCUGUUGGAGGGAACUCCCUUAACUGACUGCGAUAUACUGAAUUUACGUCAAUUCAUUAUCGAUUCGCGAACCCUUCAAAAACUCCACGUUGGUUCGUGCAGUAUAAAUCAAUACAACAUUGCCAAUCUAGCUGAUGGGGUACACAAAUCUCAAACUUUAAAAGCCUUUACAUGUAAUCGUUUAUUGGGCAACUCGUUAAACUUAGAUUCUCAAAAAAUUGCUUUGGUUCUGUCAUCAUUAAUAUGGCAAAAUAAAUUACAAGCCAUUGAAAUGGAAAAAUGUGAAAUGAAUGCCAGUGAUAUGGAAAUAAUUGCCGAAUAUUUAUAUAACGAAAAUUCAAAUUUAUUAAAAUUGAAUGUUGCCUAUAAUAAAAUUGCGGCAAAUGGCGCUGAAUAUCUGCUAAAAGCAAUUUCCCAUUCGGGUACUUUAAAAUAUUUGAAUAUGAAUGGUUGCGGUUUGGUUACACAUG